CCAAGCUUCCUAUAAACUUAUCAGAUGCAACAAUAACCUUCGUCAGCCUUCUCAUCCCACACUUGUACAUCGUCCCAGUCCGUCCCGCCGGUACUCGUGGGGGAAAGCGUGGCAUUCCACCUAUUCGGGCCAUUUCCAUCAAGGUGUGAUAGGCCGAGAGGGGCGGUCAAGCCCACCAGCUGCCUAUUCAGACGCCCGCCCACCCACUACUUCCCCAUUUCCGUUCGUAACAUAUCCUCCACGCGCUUCAACAUCCCACGCAACACUGUCGCUCCCGUCCACACGAUUAGACAACAGCAGCACGCCGCGGACCGAUCGCUGCCAUGGCGCCACCCGCUGCCAUUGACUCUCUCCGCGUGGAGGCCUAUGCGGACACCGACGCUACUGCCAUACCCAUACCCGAUCGCCUGACGAUAGAAAAAGUUGCAAAGCGGCGUGCCGCGUCCGGCACCCUCAAGGCCGGGGUCGCUGCCUCUGCCGACCUGAGUCGGUUCAAGGGUCGAACAAGCCACUUGCACAAGAGCCUCGCCAAAAGGUGGGAUCAUCGACUGACUCGUGAGACGACGACUAGAGGCGGCAGUUCAUUGAAAGAAGCCGCUGCGUUUCUUGAUACACCUGGAUUAAUAUCUCUUGGCGGUGGUCUGCCUUCGUCCGAAUACUUUCCAUUCCAAGAACUCGACGUCAAAAUCCCACGACCGUCCUAUUUGGGGCAAGAACAAAAUGGGCACGCAGAGACCGAGAUCAUCUCGAUGGGAAUGCACGACAUGGCAGAGGGAAAGUCGGGAUUCGAUCUGGCGACCGCGUUGAACUACGGCCAUGGCCAUGGAGCACCUCAACUUCUGAGAUGGCUCGUCGAGCAUACUGAAAUUGUGCACAAUCCUCCUUACCAGGACUGGAGUUGUACCAUGACUGUUGGAUCUACUGCAGCUUGGGACAUGACAUUGAGGAUGUUUUGCAGACCUGGCGAUUUCAUCAUCACCGAGCAAUAUUCCUUCCCUGCAGCAAUAGAGACUGCCAUCCCAAUGGGUGUACGAUGCGCCGCAGUAGCCAUGGAUGCAGGUGGAAUGCUUCCUUCGUCACUCGACGAAAUGCUCUCAAAUUGGGACUCAGUCAAACGUGGAGGCCCCAAGCCGUUCCUCAUGUACACAGUACCGACUGGACAAAACCCUACUGGCUCGACACAAUCUAUUGAGCGAAGACGACAGAUCUACGCCGUUUGCCAGAAACACGAUCUUUACAUCUUCGAGGAUGAACCAUACUACUUCCUACAAAUGCAGCCUUAUACCGGCCAAGAUUCAUCACCGGUACCGCCACCAUCAUCAUACGCAGAAUUUUUGACUUCGAUCGUACCGUCGUUCCUUUCGAUAGACGUUGAUGGCCGUGUUAUGCGCGCCGACUCUUUCAGCAAAGUGAUCGCACCGGGUUCACGAACCGGCUGGAUCACAGCAUCCGAACAGAUCUGCAAUCGCUUCCGCACACACGCAGACGUUUGCACACAAGGGCCUUCUGGCUUCAGUCAGAUCGUCCUCUUCAAGCUCCUCGAUGAGACGUGGGGACACCAGGGCUACCUCGACUGGCUUAUGCACAUCCGCCUCGAAUACACGAAACGACGAAAUGUCAUGAUGGAAGCUUGCGAGCACUACCUUCCCAAAGACCUCGUCUCGUGGUCACCACCUACUGCUGGCAUGUUCCAUUGGCUACAGGUCGACUACAAGAAACACCCUGCCUACAUCAACGGCACCAAGACGCUUGAGGAGAUCGAACAUGACAUCUUCUUGGCAUGUGUCCGACACGGCACAUUGCUGAUGAAGGGCGGGUGGUUCUGCGCCGACAAGAUUGCCAGACGAGAUACCAUGUUCUUCCGCGCCACAUAUGCUGCUGCGCAGUUCGAUAAGAUCGACGAGGCGAUUCGCAGAUUUGGAAAUGCUGUGAGGGAUGAGUUCGGUCGAUUGCCGAUGACGAACGGGCAUACCAACGGACACACUAUUACCAAUGGAGUCAAUGGCCACGCGAACGGCCAUGCUGUCAUCAAUGGCAUAAACGGCCUUAAGAACGGGUAUACGAACGGACACGGGACCGUUAAUGGAGUCGAUGGCUACACAAACGGACACGGGUUCACAAAUGGAGUCAAGAGCCACGCCAACGGGUAUACAAAUGGCCACACCAACGGCUACGCCAAUGGUUAUACCAAUGGUUAUGCAAACGGCACACACUGAUCGCACUUUGACCCUGCGAAGCAUGCAAAGCGCUGUACACGAGUGGUGUACAUAAUGACUAUGACGGUAUGGGUGGCGCUACUGGAGUCCUUGGUUGAAUAUGAUUUGGAAUACCUCGGCGUUGGAUUCUUUUCUACCUUGCUCUGUUGCAAAUUUGAAACUGUUGUGUCGCGUUCAAGCGCUUGAAGUUAAGAAUUUGUUUGGCAUCUGGACCUUGAAGACUUAGGCAUUCUGUGUCGAUGAUCGAUUGGAUAGCUACAUUGAGGAA